GUUGCUGGCUCCUGCGCCGCCGUCAGUCAGAGGUUUGCGGCCAUCUCGUGUUGUCAGGGUUUGAGAAGGAGAAGCGGCGGUUGUGGUGGCCGAGGUAGUCUGCGAUAUUUAUUUAGGCUGACUUCCCCACCCCUCACCCCCUUCCCUCUCCCUUCUCGGGCGCUGGGCCGGCCUGACAUCGCGCGAUGCCGGUCCGCACUGAGUCGGCCUCGCUGAUCCCGCCGCCCCCCAUCAACACUCAGCAGCCUGGGGUCGCCACCACGCUCCUGUACAGCGGCUCCAAGUUCAGGGGCCACCAGAAGAGUAAAGGCAACUCGUAUGACGUGGAGGUGGUGCUGCAGCACGUUGACAUGGAAAAUUCCUUUCUCUGUGGAUAUCUAAAGAUCAAGGGGCUCACUGAGGAAUAUCCAACCCUUACUACCUUCUUUGAAGGAGAAAUCAUCAGUAGAAAGCAUCCAUUUUUAACGAGAAAAUGGGACGCAGAUGAAGAUGUGGAUCGAAAACAUUGGGGGAAAUUCUUGGCAUUUUAUCAAUAUGCAAAAACAUUCAACUCCGAUGAGUUUGAUUAUGAAGAGUUAAAGAGCAGUGAUUUUGUCUUCAUGAGGUGGAAGGAACAGUUUCUAGUCCCUGAUCACACAAUCAAAGACAUCAGUGGUGCUUCCUUCGCAGGCUUCUAUUAUAUUUGCUUCCAAAAAUCCACAGCUUCGAUAGAAGGCUACUAUUACCACAGAAGUUCAGAAUGGUACCAGUCUUUAAACCUGACACAUGUCCCUGAACACAGCACCCCCAUCUAUGAGUUCCGGUGAUAUUCAUCAAUACAACCCUCCUCAGACAGUUGGGGAGAGGGGGCAUAAGCAGAUGGUGAAACUGUUUAGGGGGAAGAACGUAAGAGAAACAAAAGUGUUCUGUAACAAUGAGAACAAUUACUGUUUUCUCUGCUGCUGACAGACUGACCACAACACAAUGAGGAGCUCGAGCAUCAAUAAUCUAAUCCAAGUGCAUGACUGUUGGAGCUUGUUUUCACCGAGGGGGGGAAAAAAGAACUCAUUUUAAUCUCAUUUUUAAUGCUAAUUUAAACUGCACUUACUGAUUUUUAAUUUUGGUGUCAGAUUUAAAUUCUUUUCGUAGUUCUAACUUUGUUGUACAAGAACUAAUGUACCGAUAGCACAAGAGCUGUGUGCUAUUGUUUUGUUUUGUUUUUGUUUUGUUUCCCCUUUUUGCUGUUGCUAUUUUUAUACAUUGCUAAUCAAGCUUGGAUUCUUUAGAUGGUCUUUUUAAUCUACUCUACUGGUGCUGUUGCACAUGUUCUGUGCGAGGUUUUUAUGGGAGAACAGAAGUGGCCUUAUCCUAACAGCAGCAGAUGUUUUAGAUACCACAAAACAGUAUUGGAGGAGAGAAGUUAAAUACUCUAAACAAAUAACUGAAUUCUGUAAGACUGAAGUUGUAUAGGGAAUUUCUGAAGUGAUAGAUAUUGGAUACCUGGCAAUAUGUUAUUUAGGCCUGUGACCUAAUUGGGAAACUGAGGUUUAAACCAAACCCUUGGAAAGUAGUUGCCAGGCUGCAGGUUUGUAAAUUCCUGCUAAUGCGUACUUCACGUGGAGUUUAAGUUGUACUUUUUUGUGCAUGUGGCAGGAGAGGGUGUUCCAUUGUUGGUGCUAACCCAACUUUUCACAGAAGGAAACUGUGUGCCUUUCCUGAUGUAAUUCCGUCAGAUUUAUAGAAACAUUGAACUUAACCUUACAAUAGUGGGAAAUUUCAUGCACAGAAUAUUUCUCAUUUUAAGGUUGAAGCCCAUCUUGCCCCAUCCCAGGAAAGCCUUUGUGCAGAGCAUGUGCAAAGCAUUGGGUUUUCAGGUUACGUAUGCACAAAAGAUGAACAGAAAAAAAUUCACCUUAGAUCUAGCUUUGGGUCUGACUAUCCAGUUGAUGAUGGAUGUUGCACUUAAAUAUUGGGUGGGGGAGAGGAAAAGAGGUUUCCAAAUUGGACAACCUAUUUAAUAUAAUUUUUAAAAUAUAGAUGUUUAAAUUAAAUUGGUGCAAAAACAAUUUUUCUUCUAGUUAUGACUAGAUAUGCAGGAUGUUAAUGCCUACAGAGUGAAAAAUGAAAAUUUCCUGGACUAACCAUAACACUUAGUGAAAUUCUAGUUAUGGCACUGAGUAUUCAAAUUAAAUCUAACAUUGAAUGAAAUGGGAAGGAUUUCAAUAAAAGUGAAAUUAUCAUGCAACUUCAGGACAUUUCAACAUCCAAGGGAGGGGAUGUCAUUUCCUCUUCAUGUAAAAUCAAAGAAAAAUUAUUUUACAACCAUUGUAAACCAAUGAUGUACAAAGGAAUGUAAUAUCACCACUUGUACAAAUUUAUUGCACCGGCUUUUUUGUCCAUUGUGACUUCUAUAAAAAUAACUAAAUCCUGAUAAAUGCUUUACUGAUUUGCCAAGAAGGAUGCUAUACCUGAAUCAGGAGUAUGUCUACUUUAGUGUGUGUGCCUAUAUGGCAGUGUAUGUGUGUGUCCUGAAUGAAUUGAGAGUGAAUGAGAUGGAAUUUCACCCUGGGAUCAAGAUUUUGCAUUGAUUAGGUUUGCAUUCUUUUAAUUGAAAUCUCUCCUUUAAAAAGAAAACAUCUGAACAGACUCUAAUACUGGAACCUACAUCGAAAAGUGAGGGUGGUGUUUGCUUUAUCCUAUUGCAACCGUUUUUGGAAAAUAGGAACUUCUAAUUUCACACAGGUCAAGAAUUCCUUUUCUUCUGAAUUGUACAUUUAUUUGGAAUUCCACUAAGUAAGCUGAAAGUCCAUUUUUUAAUUUAAAACAUAUAUGAAGAGUUGUGUAAAUGGGAGGCAGGAUGGAUGGAUGACUAGGGUGAAACAACUGAGUUUGACCUAAUGACACUUGAAAGAGAGCAAUGAACUAGUUUUGAAAAUGAGUUGAUUUUAUUGUAUAAAUCAGAACAUGGAAAUGAAUGUUUUAUUACAUUGCAUUGUUCAUGAGACAUCAGGAGCUUUAAGUUUCAGGUCUGUGGUGAAAUAAGUGAGGGUACCACAUGCAAUAAAGUUCCUUGUGAAAGA